AUCGCUGCAUAUCUAUUUCUCUUUUGACAUAAAAAAAAAAAAAAAAAAACCACCCGUUUCGCAAUGGCUGAGACUACUGUUGUUGACAACCCGGACCAGCUCAUCACCUCGACGGACCCUGAGCACCCUGCCAACCUCAUCCCUUCGCUGUGCGCCAAGUUUUGGACGUUGGGAUGGGUUACUGGUACGGGAGGAGGAUGUUCAAUUAGAGAUGGCAAUCUCGUCUACCUCGCCCCCUCGGGCGUCCAGAAGGAACUCAUGAAACCGGCCGACAUCUACGUCCUCUCCCUCAAAGACCAGGAACCCUCCCUCAAGCAGCGCACCUACCUGCGCUCCCCUCCCGUCUACAAGCCCUCGCAGUGCACGCCCCUCUUCCUCGCGGCCUUCACCCGCCGCGGCGCCGGCUGCUGCAUCCACACGCACUCCCACUGGGCCGUGCUGGUCACGCUGCUGCUCGAGGCAAAGGGCAACAGCCGCGUCUUUGAGAUCAACAACAUUGAGCAGAUCAAGGGCUUUGGCAAGGGGUUCGGCAAGGCCGGUAACCUGGGGUACCACGAUACGCUGAGGAUCCCCGUCAUUGAGAACACGCCGCAUGAGGAGGACUUGACCGAGUAUCUGGAGGCGGCCAUGGAGCAGUAUCCGGAUACAUAUGCCGUGCUGGUGAGGCGGCAUGGUGUCUAUGUGUGGGGGGAUAAUGUCCACAAGGCAAAGACUCAGUGCGAGAGUCUGGACUACCUCUUCCAGCUGGCUGUUGAGAUGCAUCAGCUCGGCCUACCUUGGAUCAGCGACAUUGCCCAGAUUGCGCCUCAGAGGUCCUAAGGCGACGUAGGAUUAAAGAAGAGAAAGAAAAAACUAGAGAAAGGGAGGUGUCAACUUGGUACUUGGGAUUUUAGAUUGGAGU